AUGUUUUUAAUUGCCCACACACGCGAAAGUAAGCGGACAUACCAACACAACUUGAGUUGGACAGAUACAACCGUGGAAACACUGUCUGGUUUCCCUUUUAAUCUCUGGGCCGGUCUGGACGAGUGGACACUUGCAGCAACAGGCGGUCCUGCACAGCCUAUUAUAGGUUCCCCUCUCGGUGCAGCGACAGGAGCAGUCAUACCUGUGGCCCCAUUUGCGCUGGGGCUGUUAAAUGUAGAUCAGUCGGCAAACGGGCAGGUAGAUGGGCGGGCAGGCAUGUGUCCCCGCGGAGAAGGGCGCAGCUGGUACCUUCCUGUGGAAUAA